AUGAUUAUGGAGCAAGAUCAAUCUACGGAGCCACCUCCAAACAAAACGUAUUCUACCCGAGCAUACUAUGAACAACCUACCACUGCAGCCUAUUAUCCACUUAACCUUGCAUCUAUUCAGCAAGUUCUUUCACCAAUUCUCCAGGUGAUCAAAGCCAAGACUCUAGUUUUGGUGCAUUCCAACAGUAUGAUUAGUAACUGUAUGAUUUAA